AUGGGCUGUGCACCAAGUGGGACCUCUCCCAAAAGUGGGAGUCUCCGAUUGAUGACCACCAAACUUUCUUUUACAAAAGAUCAAUUGGAUAAUCUCAACACUUAUUUUAGAAAAUCAGUUUCAGAUUUUGAAAUUUCCGUAGAUAUUAGGGCCAUUGAAUCAACAGUGGAAAGAUUAGUCCAGCGUUUGGUAGCAGGAGUGGGUAAUCUCGACCGCAGAUUUUCAUCCAUGUUCCUCGUUUCGCUCAAUGAACGCCGUAGGAUUAAGCAACUGAAAUUUGAGUAUCUUUUACGAAUCGACACUUUGUCGACGCCAGUAAUAAGCAGUGAUGGAGAAUCUGCUGUAAAUGUGGAAGAAGAUGCUAGCAUGCCAGGAUUCGUUCGACUCAGGAUACGAGCCACUGAAGCUGAGUCAUGGGCUGAAUUUUUAGGAUCUGGUGGAAGGAUUCGGCGUGAUCUUAUCAAAGCCAAAGUAGCGAAUCUUUUAGCUGCGGCGACCAGACAGGUUUCCAAUGAAGUUAAAAGUGGAGAUGAACAGAUUUUCUACUGCCCUGGCCAAAUCGUCGAUGCAGAAGUCCUGGACAAAAUUCUGAAGCAGCCAAACCACUGCAGAGUUUUCUACGGGAAUGCCACUUCAGCAACAGAAUCACCAGAGCCAAGGGAACAUCGCGUCGCUUUAGUGGAGGAUGGCAGUGGAAUUCUUUUGAGGAUAGGAUUGGAUGGUACAAUAUCCCAGGAUGUCGAAGUGAGGCUGUUGAUUGGUGCUGCGGUUUCCUCUUGGUCAACCACCGCCGAUUAUCCUCGUCGAGUACCGCUUCACCAUUGUGAUGCAUUGCUUCAUUACACUGCAACACAAACCGGAAUGUAUGCAACAGCUGUAGGGCCUUACCCUGGGGCUCGUUGUGAGGAUCGAGCCACUUUAUGGAGGAUUCGAGUUCCAGCUGUGGAGAUGAUUAUGUCCCAACAUUACUCUGAUGAAAGUGUUCCUUCUCUUACAGACUCUGUGCUGCAGGAAAUAGUCGAUCAGCUGCAAGGGAGGCGACCUUUAAAUCUUCGCCUAAAACGAAAAGACUGCUUGAAACUUGUAAGUCGUUAUAUUUUGCGAACGAUCCACUGGUGGUCACUGGAACGAGCCGGUCCAGACCCCUUGAGAAGCUGGGCACCUGAUACUUUAUCUCGUCACGUUCUUCUGUGUCUCGAUGAGUUAGUAAGAGCCCUCAAGUGCCAGAAUUUGAGGUGUUACUUCCAUCCGCGGUGUAACGUGAUGCUCCAAUGUGCCAAAGGAGGAAUCCUUCAUCAUGAAGAUUCUUACGUCUCAGAUUCGAAAUUGGUAGAAGCAUAUUUGACACUUUUGAAUGCGCAGUCGACUAAUAUGGCUGUCGGUGCUGAAAAUCCAACUGACGUUAUGGAAAAUGAACUUAUUUCUCGAUGGCAAAGAGUAAUGACCUCUAUUCCAAGGGGAACUAUGGGAGGAUAUUUUGGAUAUAGUUCAAGGCAAUUGCAGUAUCUGGGAUUAGUAAUAAAAGAGGUGUUACGAGCUAAAGAUACUUGUUCUAGAAGAAAUUUUGAUAAUUGCUCAUGAUUCCGGAAUGUCUCAGAUUUUCCUGUAUCCUCGUCUCAUUUGCAGGAGCCAAUAGACAAUCUCGUAUACGUUCUAACUUUGGUGCUCAAACAGGCGAGAGACCAGAUUUUCGCUGUGAUGGAUCGCCGAAAAAGGAAACGUGUGAGACGUCGUUCUCUUGAGGAGCGAAGACGAGAAAGUGCUACUGCUUAUUUCGAACGUUCUGUAGAUAUCCUGGUUGACGUUGUCAGACGAGAUCGAGAGACGGCCUACAUGGACCUAGAAAAUGAUCUUAUAAUGGCAGAAACUCUAUUGAAAUGGCUGUAUUAUGGAAUGGAACAGGACAGAAAAACGUUGGGGCCAAUUUUACGCCCUUAUCUUGGAAACUUGUUCAAUUCAUCUCACGAGAACGCCUGGCACGUUGAGUCCUGGAAAAAAAGACAGGAGAUCUACAACUCUGAAAUGCGUUCGUUGGCCAUGUUCUGCAAGUUAGUAACAACAGAGGAGAUAUCACCUGCUAAUGGAAUUGUAGAGUCCCUCUCGAAGGGGUGGAACUGGUCAGAGGACGUAGCGCGAAUGAUUGAACGAAAUAAUAAUGGAUUAAAGCUGGUGUUUAUUACAUCUGAUAAGAUUUUAAGAUACAGCCUGACGUUUGCAGACAAUAAAGGGCUAAGUGUUUUCUCAACUUUGAGUAAAGCUAGGAAUAUCAGCAAUGCAGUGAAGAGGGCCACCAUAGCCAGAAUUAAUCUGAUUACAGUUACUGAUACACUGCUAAAGAAAGAAAAUGCAAUUAAUGAAAAUGAGGAAAAUGGUCUGUUUAGUCAUGUUGAACUGAGGAACUUCAGUCCUUUGACUUACGUUAUCUCUAUGAAUCGUCGGCGAGGUCGUCAAAGGGGUCCAGGAGGAUUGAUAUCGGCUCUUGUGACCCUGAAUAAGUUUCGGAUUCUACAAGAGGUUGCUCAGUUUCUCCCUCAGGAUGAAAAAGUUGCAAUGCUUGACAUGGUCCAAAAAGUAGCUAGGGAGGCGUCGCGUUGUUUAAGAAGAUCCAGCUGCCCGGAUCGAUCAGUGUCUACUUCGCCCAAAGAAACCUACACGCCUAAAUCUGAAUCAAAUCUCUGUGAUUCACCUCGACAGUAUUCGCCAAAUACACGUCAGCGCCGUAUUAUUACUGAACAUCAGAGGCAACUUCAGCGAGAAAUGUUAGAAAUACAUGACACGUUGACACGUGGUUUACGAACAAGGAGCCAGCUUCCGGUCUGGGAUUCAUCGUCAAUUGGAUCCUGGAAGUCUUCUGUUCGAUCGAUCAGUCGAUGCAAAUCCAAAAAGGGCCACAACAGAAUUUGGGAUACAGUUCGCGGAACUUCUCCAAUGUGGGACAGCGUAAGUACAUCCGGAAGUUUCGGGAAGAGCAGAUCUGAAGAGAUGAUAAGCAGGGAGGAUUCUCCAAAAUGGAAUACCAUAGAUAGUAGAUGCUCAAUAACUGAUCAGGGGUACCGAGGUACACAUAAACUUCCAUCCUGGGAUGUUUUGGAAGCAAACCUUAAUCGAAAGUUACUGCGAUAUGACAAUGUACAGGAUUCCUUGGAUGCUAACAAAGACGUUGGUAUCGAAUAUUUUCUCACUGGCAAUGAGAAAAAAGAAAAAGUUAACUACUCUCAGAAUCAAAAGAACAGAUCCCCGAACUUGGAUGAAAUUUUGCCAAAGUUGCUGGAAACAAUCUCGCCCAAAUCCCUCUUAACGCUGGAAAAACUUUCUAACAAGGAUAUAAAGCCUCGAUCCGAGAGGCAGCGAGUAGCUUCGUGCAUGGAAGUUUUGCUUACUGGUUCCUUCGACACGCCAAACUUUCGUGCGUUCACGACUUUACUUGCAAUUUUCGAGGAGAAAAAUAUAUAA